UUGAGACUGACGAAAAUGAGACAAAUCUCUUUUUAUGCCGGCUCAAACCUGCUCAGCUCACUGUCUUGUUCUUUCUGGAGAAAGCGUAAAACCGUGAAAGGCCGAAUGAUUUCAGUUACGGAAAAGUGGAAUUGGCAAAAUUAGCAUUGAUUGAACGAGACUGGACUGGAAAGGAUUGAAUAUAACCAACAUAUGACGUACGAGGUACGACGAUACAAUAUAAAAGAUAUUCCAUAAGAUAAUUGAUCGAACCAAGUUUGAUCAGGUUAGAAAUUCUAACUUAGAAUUUUGUCCACUACAGUAUUGACUUAACAUAAAAAUCCACAUUGACGUAUAACUCUGCGCAGAGAGAUCGCCAUCACCUUGUACAAUGGAUGAAACGAAAAUGAAGAACCUUUGGGCCAACAAACAGUUGUAUACCCUAAAAUUACCGGAAUUAAAACAAUUCUUGAAGAGUGUCGGCCUUCCGAUGAAUGGAGAAACUGAGACGGUUACAAAACGUGUCGCAAUGUGGCUCGACGUAAAAUAUUUGGAUCUCUUUGUCCUUCAGGAUGGAGUUAAGACAACUCCACAUGAAUUAAAACCGGCACAAUUGCGUAAAAUCGUGGCUCAAUUGGGCAUGGAUCCAACUGGAGACAAGGAUGAAUUGCAUUUUAGUUUGAUUGAACAUCUCAAGAAGAAAAAUGCUGGUAGCUCUAGCAGCGGUGGGGAUGGUGAAUCUGCAGACUCACCAGGCGAUGCCCCUGGAAUUGUUGUGGCAAAGCAGAUUCUCGAAAUGCAGACCGAUUAUCCUGCAGUGUUGUCUGCAUCCGGUAUAAAUAUUACAACCGACUCCUCCAUCGCCACGAUGCGCAAGGCAUAUCUUAAACUAUCUCUUCUCAUCCAUCCGGAUAAGUUGCAAAGCAUCUUUCCCGACGCCACUAAAGCCUUUCAAUGUCUCGUAAAUGCCUAUGAGCGAUUAUCUCAGCCUGAACUAUUUUUGGAGGAUGAAGAUGACGAGAAAGUAGCCAAGAAGAAGACGGUGAUGCGUUCCAACGACGGGUGCCACAGGACUCGUCUGUUCUGCCCGCGAUGCAAUGCUGAGUGGGGUACGAUGGACAGUGGGGUGGCCGACUACGACUACAAUUUUAUGAUGAUGGGACUCAAAACUUACAACUGUGCGGGAUGUCUCUUUGAUUUUGGAUGUAUGACGGCUAUUCACAAGUGCCCCAUGUGUAGAAAAGGAUUCGAAUAUCAUCCAUCCGACUUUCAUCGCAAGAUUUUUUGCAGCAACGACAAAUGCAAAAAGACGUUUGGCUUUUUCGUAUUCAACAUUUCGGACCGGUUGGAGAAAGAGUAUCGGCAAGAAAUCAGGAAGAAACAAGAAAAACAAUUGAAAGAAAAGGAACAAUUGCAGGAACGAGAGAGACGAGCUAAAUCACGGCAGAAGGGAAGUAUGGGUGCUACAGGGAAGGAUAAGUUGUUCACCCUCAACUUGCUGGAUGAAUGUCCACGGUGUGGCGAAGAAGUUGAGAGCAGCGCCGAGCUGAGAGAGACUCAUUUGGCCGAAUGUACGGACAAGAAGAAAAUUGCUGCCUACGCCAAGAAAUUAAAGGAAGAACAAGACCUGGCCGAGAAGAAGAGUAAGGCACGUGAGGCACAGGAAGAAGCACAAAACGUUUCAAGUUGGGACUAUCUCGGAGCGAAGACGGCAGACAUGUGGCUAUUGACGGAAAAGCAGAUAAAACUCAUGUGUCAAAAUUACAAGAUCGAUGAUACUGGAAGCAAAGAUGAACUGAUAGCACGGUUGGUGAGACACAGGAAUGACUUGGAUUCCAGGAGGAUGAUCACACAAGGUGGGGAAGAAGGCUCGUCAUCCGGUGCACCAACCAAGAAGAAGAGGAAGUUGAAUGUGGAAGAUUUGCCGACAAAUAUGGAAAGCCUGAGCGUUCCCCAAUUAAAAGCAUUUUGUGCUUCGAACGGCAUUGUUACAAAGGAAGGAACAAAGGCUGGAAUAAUUAAACAGAUUGAAAAGAUCGUUCAUGGAGAUCAACCAUUCCUACGGCUGACGGGAGGAAAAGAGAAACCAGUCGAAUAAUUUUUGUACGGUGGUAUUUUUUGACGAGAUAAGUGAGUUCUGCAAUUAUUAUUAACUAUAGAUUGCACCUCAAUUUAGUUUUCGAGGUCCAGUGUUUAAUGGAAAUUUUUACUUUAAGUUACAUUUCCGGUAAUUCAUUUGUCAAUUUUGCUAUGAAACUUUAAUACUUCAGAGAUGAAACUGUAUUUGAUGAAUUAAUCAUUUUGCAUUUAGUAGGAGACUAAUUGUUGAAAUAAAAUACGUUCAUUAUACUUAA